AUGUCGACUUUCGUCGCUAGCUUAUUCCUGCCGUAUACGGUAGAUUUUCAUGAUGAACCAGAGGCGCCCAAGAGGCCGAAUCCGCAAAGGAUGCACAGCCGUGCAGCCUCGGCGACUGACAUGAAAGCUCUUGCAAACCAAGCAGCAAGUCUGUUCAAUGGCCCUCCUGUGCCACAAACACCUGCAGAAGAGAAGCAGGACGAUUUCUUUUCUAACCUGCAAAAUGACCCUCGCAUCAAGCCUGGUGACCCGCGUUCGCUUGCUCGUACGGAAGCAGCUCCUCCGGAAUGGGGUGCUGCUGCCCAAUUUUUGAACCAACCCAAAUCUACAGCUGGGCCUCUUCCUUCUGGUAGCAUUCUCGAUUACGUCAAAUCAGAAAAGAAGGAUCCGGAAUUACUAGCUAAAUACACAGCUCAAAGAAAACGCAGACCAACCACUGGCACUUCACGCAGAGGAAGCAACGAACGCAACUUCGCUAGAAAGACCUGGACCGUAGAGCCUGCUGUUCAAGGAAACGGCGGCUUGAUCAAUGCCAUCCGUGCUCAUGACGCUAUCAGAUCUGAGGAAGACUUCCAGAAGAUCUGGGUCGGUACUCUUGGUUUCCCUACUGACGCUCUAGUCGAUUCCAAGAAGGAGGAGAUUUCUGACAAACUGGCUAAUGAAUACGACGCUGUGACUGUCUUCCCUUCAGAUCGCGAUAUUGAUGGACAUUACGCUCAUUACUGCAAGACCAUUCUCUGGCCAGUUUUCCACUAUCAGAUUCCCGAUCACCCCAAGAGCAAGGCCUACGAAGACCAUUCCUGGGAGUUUUACAGAAACGUCAACCAGAACUUUGCCGACAAGAUCAUUGGAAACUACAAGCGAGGCGAUGUCAUCUGGGUCCACGAUUACCACCUUCUCCUGGUCCCUGGUAUGAUUCGCAAGAAGCUGCCUGACGCUCAGAUCGGCUUCUUCCUUCACGCAGCUUUCCCCUCUUCCGAGGUCUUCAGAUGUCUUUCGACUCGUAAGGAACUUCUCGAGGGCAUGCUUGGGGCCAACCUUGUGGCUUUCCAAACCAAGGAAUACGCACAUCACUUCCUGCAGACUUGCAGUCGUCUCCUCACAGUCGAAGCUACCCCUGAGGGAGUGCAGUUGGAAGAGCGCUUUGUCAAUGUCAGCCACGAACCCAUCGGUGUUGAUCCCGAAGGCAUGGCUAAGGCCAGAGAAGAGCCCGAGGUGCAGGAAUGGAUCAAGGUGAUUCAGGAGAGAUACAAGGGCAAGCAUCUAAUUGUUGCACGCGACAAGCUGGACAAUGUCAGAGGUGUCAGACAGAAGCUGCUUGCUUUCGAGCUGUUCCUCAACAAAUAUCCCGAGUGGCGUCAAAAGGUUGUCCUUUUGCAAGUUGCCACAUCUACCACGGAGAACAGCGAGCUCUUAGCCACAGUUUCGGACAUCAACACACGUAUCGACUCGGUACACUCAACACUUGCGCACCAGCCCUUGGUUUUCUUGAAGCAGGAUAUCUCAUUCUCGCAAUAUGUGGCUCUGCUCACUGUUGCUGAUGUCAUGAUGAUUACUUCUCUUCGUGAAGGUAUGAAUCUGACUGCUCACGAGUUUAUUCUGUGCCAGGAUGGGGCGUCGACAGAGAAGAAGUUUGGCCCUCUAAUUCUGAGUGAGUUCACUGGUAGUGCCUCAGUAUUUGGAGGCAGCGAGAUCUCUGUGAACCCUUGGGAUUACCAACACUGUGCUGAAGCUAUCAAGCUCGCUCUGGAAAUGUCUCCUGAGGAGAAGGAGCGUCGCUACAAGAAGCUUUCAAGCGUUGUGCACAAGCAGACUGGAGAUUACUGGGCUACCCGGUUGAACGACGCCCUCACAAAAGCCACCAAGGAACAGUUCUCCCGUGAUGCAAUGUCGAUUCCUCGUCUGUCAGUUACUUCACUCGCACAGAAGUACAGGGACGCAGAGCGUAGAGUCUUCAUCUUGGAUUACGAGGGUACACUCGCGACAUAUGGCACAGACAAGGAUGUGGUCUUGACGUCUCCUCAACGUGUUCUUGACACGCUCAAUGAGCUCUUGUCUGACAAGAAGAACAUCGUAUACGUCAUGUCAGGUCGUACACCUGAAGAGUUGCAGCGCUUGUUCCGUCAAGUCCCCAACCUCGGAAUCAUUGCCGAGAACGGGUGCUUCUUGCGCGAAUGGGGCGCUUCUGAUGAUGAGUGGACUGCCUUUGCAGAUGUCGAAGCAAGUGCUGCUUGGAAGAAAGACGUCAAAUUAAUCUUCCAGUACUACGCUGAGCGUGUCGAGGGCUCGUGGAUUGAAGAACGUCACUGUUCACUUGUCUUCCACUAUGAGAAGGCUGUUGACCCCGAGGCUGCUCGUGCUCAAGCUGGUGACUGCGCUAACCAUAUCAACGACAGCUGCCAAACUUACAGAGUCCAAGCUAUUCCUACUAGCAGGGCAGUCACUGUGGAAUCACUCGACUGGAGCAAGGGCUCGGCGGCCACGAGAAUCUUUGAAAAGCUUCGCCACGACAAUGUUGAAGGCAAGGGACGUACACCACCUGACUUCCUACUGGUAGCUGGUAACGACCGUGAGGACGAGACCAUCUUCCAGUGGGCCAACGACCUUUCCGAGCAAGGCAAGAUUGCCAACGUCACCACUGUCUCGGUAGGCAAGCGCAACACUCAAGCCAUGACUACCAUUACUCAGGGUACGACUGGUCUGAUUAGCGCGCUCCAAAAGCUGUCGAACUAUUCGUAUGAUGCUCCUGAAGGAUCUGGCGGCCGUCGCCCAUCUGUUCUCCUUACUACUGGUUCUUAG